CUGCAUAUUUCGAGAUUUCCAUGGAGUGCGGUGUAAACAUCUACUGUCCUGAUAACCGAUUUUUGGUGACACAUAAAACAAGGUUUUGGUCAGCUUAGCAGAGUGAAAAUGGAUCCCUUGUACAUGGCAAUGAGUCUGUUCCGCAGGAGAAAGUUUGAAGAAUGUGUAACAGUCUGCUCUCAGCUUUUGGAUAAGAAUCCUUAUGAUCAGUCUGCUUGGACCUUAAAGACAAGAGCAUUGACUGAACAGGUUUACUUAGAUGAGGUAGAUGUGGAUGAAGAAGGCAUUGCUGAGAUGCUUAUGGAUGAUAAUUCAAUAGCUCAAGUAACACGUCCAGGCACAUCAUUAAAGAAACCUGGUACUGGUUCAGGGGCACCCAGUGCAGGGAUGCGUCCUACAUCUCAGUCUGGAAGACCUUUGAGUGGGUUUGUAAGACCAGGUACACAGAGCGGUAGACCAGGUACUAUGGAACAAGCUAUCAGAGCCCCUAGAACGGCACACACAGCUCGUCCUGUCACCAGUGCUUCAGGCAGAUUUGUUCGCCUUGGAACGGCUUCUAUGCUGUCCACACCAGAUGGGCCAUUUAUCAAUAUUGCAAGAUUGAACAUCUCAAAGUAUGCUGCCAGACCAAAUCUAGCCAAGGCUUUAUUUGAAUAUAUUUUUCACCAUGAAAAUGAUGUGAGGAAUGCAUUAGAGUUAGCAGCCAAGGCUACUGAAGCUUGUCAAUUUAAAGACUGGUGGUGGAAGGUACAGCUUGGAAAGUGUUAUUACAGGUUAGGGUUAUUCCGUGAUGCUGAGAGUCAGUUCAAAUCAGCUAUGAAGCAGCAUGAUGCCAUAGAUAUAUAUCUAUACCUUUGUAAAGUAUAUGUGAGGUUGGAUCAGCCGUUAACUGCUGUGGAUAUCUACAAACAGGGUCUGGAAAAGUUUCCCAGUGAGACUACUCUUCUGACUGGCAUUGCCAGAAUAUAUGAGGCAAUGAAUGACAUGGUGAAUGCAGUUAAAUACUACAAAGAUGUAUUGAAGCAUGAUAACACACAUGUAGAAGCAAUAGCUUGUAUAGCAAAUUAUCAUUUCUACUCUGACCAACCCGAGAUAGGACUCAGAUACUACAGGAGAUUACUUCAGAUGGGUGUUUACAAUGCAGAACUCUACAACAACCUUGGAUUAUGCUGCUUCUAUGCACAACAGUAUGACAUGACACUGACAUCAUUUGAGAGGGCGCUAUCACUCUCAACUGAUGAUGCCACUACGGCAGAUAUCUGGUACAAUGUUGGUCAAGUUGCUAUGGGUAUUGGUGACACAGGUCUAGCUCUACAAUGUUUUAGGUUAGCUCUCACAUCAAAUAAUGAUCAUUCUGAGGCGUAUAAUAAUCUGGGAGUACUAGAGUUACGUAAAGGACACAUCGAUCAGGCAAGAGCAUUUUUCCAGGCAGCCCAGAUGCUUGCUCCUCAUAUGUUUGAACCACACUAUAAUUUUGCAUCACUUUCAGACCAAGUUGGUGAUCUCCAAAGCAGCUAUGGGUCAGUGAAGAAAGCAGUGGAUUCUUAUCCAGAACAUUGUGAUUCUAAGGAGCUCUUCUCACAACUCAAGAAACAUUUUGCUUUGCUCUGAUUGGUGACACUCCAGCCCAUCCUGAUAACUUAAUGAAUGGUGAAAAUAUCUCUCACAAUAGAAAGAAGACUGAUAAAGUUCUGGUACGAGAAGCAGAGUUGACAUGGUACAUAAAGUCAAUGGUGUAUGUUGACAUAUGAAAGUGUGUGUCUUAUCUGGUAAUGAACCAUUACAAUCAGCAAUGCUUUCACACUAUUCCUUUGGCAGUGUGCAACUUGAAGUUCAUUGAUUUUUUCCCCUCUAUGAUUGGAGGAUGAAAUAUCCAGAAAAUUCUUCAUUAUCUCCAUCACUAUCUUCACAAUUUCAUUUGAGAGGACUUUUAUGCAGUUUCAUGUGCACCCUUUUAGAAAUCUCUCUCGUGUGAAAGUGUAGAAAUUAUGAACAUCGGCACAUUGCUGGUUGAACUGUGUUUAGAAAAUAUGAUGCAAAACACACUUCUGCUUUUAUUUAUAGUACUAUUUUGAAAAGUGAAAGAUAUAUACAUGUGUAGGUAUAUGGUUUUGAACACAUUUAGACAUGUGUGCAGUGAUUGAUUGGGUCCAGGUCAUGUACUCCAGUUCUGCAUUUCAUUUCCUCAGUAUAUACUGGUAUUUUAUGUUGAUGCAUGGAGAAUUAAAUCACAUAUAAGCUCUUCUUACAAAAGCUGAAUAUUUAAUAGAUGCUGCCAUCAAUAUAUAUGCAUAAUAAGUCUUGCACUUUAAUCAGAAUAUAUCAUGUUGCAUUGUAUAUCAUGUUGCUACUAUCACCUUGAUUUCAUAAGUAAAUGCAUUGUCCACUGAAAAGUGGCAACUUCUUUUCUUUUAGUUUUGGAUAAAAGAAUAGGUAUCCAGAUGAUUGUAUACCAGGCAUCACUAAAAAAUGUCAUCUAUUUGAAAUUAUGCAGAAUAGCAGGUUAUUCUCUUCAUGCUUCAAACAUGGCAUAUGAUAAAUACAAAAUAAGGGGAAAUGUUGUUCAGAAAAACAUGGUCCUGGAAUAUGAAUAAGAUAAAACCUUUUUUUUCCAGGUGGUAAAUAGUUUGAAGUUAUUUUUUUUUUUCAUUAUUUUUGAAAUUCUUGGUACAUCAAACAAUAGAUAGAAAUGUAUGAAUGUAUUAUGCAUAUGUAAUAAAUUGGCACAAAUUGUGUUCCAGGCACAGAAUACAAAUGAAGUGGUUUAAUAAAAGCAUGGGC